AUGCACAUCACCAGGGUGCAAUACCCCCAUUUUGCGAAGAAAGUCUCUCAUAUAAGAAUUAUUGCUGUUUUGCUCAAAGCAUUAAAUUCUAUUUCAUUUUCUUCUUUAUUGAAGUCUUCUCAAGACUCAGGCUCAUUAUUACCCAAGAAUUGUGUGGUUGAAUGUUUUAAUGUCAAUAUGAGCGACCAAGCUUACGAACAGAGAAUAGCGUCUGCAAUAAAUGAGAUAAAAUCCAAAAUCAGAAAUUCACAAGGUCUAUCAUUAGACCUUGGUGACAUUCUUGAUGACCAAAACUUAAGAGCUGGUGUUAUUGGAAAAAUGAAAGUGGAAGCAUAUCUUGAGAGAGAAAGAAAUGGCCCAAAUCCCACAGACCUCGCAUCGCUGCUAUGGAAGCUCUUUCUCAACUUGCCUGCACCAGAUCCGCUCAAAAAAUCUCUCCACAAGCAAAGUGUGCCUACCUCACUUCCGAAAGGUUCAACUAGUGCUGCUAUUUACAAAUACUACGAAGAGUUUUCGGUUGAUUGGAAACCCUUUCCUGAUGAUUAUUUUGAUAAUUUGAUAGAAACAUUUUCAUUACAUUGUAAUCAAAAUUUAUCAACGUCAAUUUUUCAUCAGGGGAGUGUUCGUGAAGUCGAUGAACUUUACCUGGAUUUAACAAGUAGUACAGGAAAGGAUUUUUGGAUGCAUUGUGAUAAGAAGGAGGCCAGCAUUGUGUUACUGCUUUGGAAUUUGAUAUUGCCGAAAGUUGUGACGAUCCUUUACGGUCUUGGUGACACAGUUUAUUGCCGUGUUCAAAGAACUAUUAUGGGGCAAGAAAAUCUAUCUUUACGCCCAGACAUUUGUGUUUUUGCAAAUCAACGUGAUGCUGAUGAGAAUGGUCCUGCAUCCAUCAUAAUUGAAGGCAAAAGGCUUGGGUUGAGAAAAUUAAUUAAGGAUGAUGCUCUUACUGAUAGCUCCUUAGUUCGCCAGGUGGUGGUUGACAUGUUGAACGGUGCUAUUGAUUUCUGCAUACUUACCGAUUACGUUGUUAGUAUUAUUUUCAUGCUAGAAGAUCCUGAUCACGAAGAUUCCAAACCAAAAGGGAACCCAAACUCCACAAAGCAAAAAGAGUUUCAAGAGAUGAAUGACAGAAUCGCAGAAAUGGAAACACUUCUUAAAGAAACCAAUGGUGACAAAUUCAAGGUAUUCAAUUCAAGAAGAAGAAAUUUAGAAAAGGAAAAAGCAAAGCUUGAAAAAAGGGCUGGGGCCCUCAAGCAACAACUUAUGGAAGUUCCAAUCCCUAUUUUCUACAAGAUUUUGGAAAACUCUGAUAAGAAAAUCAAUUUAAUUUUGGCAAGUUUGAUACAUCAUUGUGUAAAUUACAGUGCUAAUCAAAAAAGCAGUGCCAUAGAUAAAACAAAAAAAUACAAGCUGGUAUUCAUGAAGAAGAAAAGCUUGGUAGAGAAUAUCAAGAUUGGAAGUAGAAGCUCCCAUAAAAGCGUGAGCAAACCAAUAAAACUUGUGCACAAGGAAAUGAGUGGAAACAGCUGGGGUAACUACGCAAAUGAUAUAGCGGAGUUGCAGGGUGGUGACUCUCAUUUAUCGUUUGUUGUCGCAAUAAAUACCACUAGGUGCUAUGAAUUCUUUCCCAGGUUGCCCAGGAUGGAUACAGAUAGCAAGCGUCUUGUGUUGAAAGUUUAUGAUCAGGACUUCAUUAAAGAUUAUAGCCAAACUAGAGAAAUGAGAAAAAUGGGAUGGUCUUAUCCAAUGCUAUUGAAACUUGCAGAAGAGAAUUUCAUGAGCGAAAUUCAUGCAUAUAGCUUGAUAACCAAGUACAAUAAGAAGUGCAGGUCGGAAGCUGAUAAGAUAUUUGCUCCACAAGUCAUUUACUGUGGAGAUAAUGUUAUCUUUUGGGAUAAAUCUUGCAUAAAAUUUGGAGGGCAUGCAAUAUUCAUGACAGAGAUCACUGGAGGUGGUAGAAUCACCAAGAAACUGAUAGAGUUCGGAAUUAAUCAAUUGAAGUUAUUGUCGGGUUUGGGGAUUAAUCAUGGAGAUAUCAGAAGAGCGAAUUUCAUAGUUACUCCAGACGAAAGAGUUGCCUGGAUAGACUAUGGUAGGGUGAAUGGAUCUUCAACUUUGGAAGGAAAUAUCCUAAAAUUUGUCGAGAUAUGCAGUGAGGACUCUUGA